AACAGCGCGCGCUCCCGCCAGGUAGUGAGGAAGCGGCCGCGCGCGCUACUUUCCAGCUGUGUGGCUGUCUGACGUGGCAGCAGAGAAUCCUUCCCUCCGCCUUCCCCGUAAGCUGCCGGUACUCUAAGGAGUUAGGACAGGAGCGGGCUGACAGAAUACAUCAACUGAACAGUCUCUGUUGCUAAUGAGCAAAUCAUUAAAAUGAGUCAACAAGGCUAUGUUGCACCACCUCCUUUCUCUCAACCUCAGCCUGGAUUGAGUGGAUAUCCCCCUGGUUAUGGACCACCCAUGAUGAGCCCUUCCUAUGCAAACUAUGGAGGCACAAGUCCUACUACUCCAUCCCAGCCAGCUAUGCUGAAAUCUACCAUGCCAUUUGGAUCUCAACCUUCUUUGAACUCUCCAGUGUCUGCUCCAAAUAAUUCACAGAACGGCCCACAUUUCUCUGGAAAUGUAAUGCCAAGAGUUCAAGGACCUCCAGCACCUAACAACACACCCUCUCCAUACACACCAUAUGGUCAGCCUCCUCCACAGACAAACAGUGCUGUGCAGACACCUGUGCAUCAAGUCACUAACCAACUCAACAACAUGCAAAUUGGCAAUUAUGGUCCUCCAUCUUCAAAUAAUUCUCAGAUACCACCUGGACCAGCCAUGCCAGCAACUUACCCUAGUCAGACUCGACUAAUGCCUCCUGUACCUCCUGCACCACAUCUUCUACCACCCCUAUCAAAUAACCAAAAUGGCUUACCUUCAGAACCCUAUUUACAGACAGGACCCAUGCAAGAAGGAAUCACUGGCCAUCAUCAUUUCCUGUCACAAAAUCAGGCACAGCCUCAGGUUGGAUACCCACCACCAAACUCAAACAACUAUGGAGGUCAGUUACCUGGACAAACUAUGUCUUACCCUGGUGCAUAUCCUGGAAAUCAGCCACAGAUAUCAGGACCAGCUCAAAGAAAAACCGAUCCAGACUCUAUUCCUAGCCCUAUACAGGUGAUUGACAGUGAUAAAAUAAACAGGGCAGGACAGGUCUAUACUACGAAUGUCCGAGGGCAAGUCCCUCCUCUUGUCACCACAGACUGCACAAUUCAAGAUCAAGGAAAUGCAAGUCCACGCUACAUUAGAUGCACAACAUAUUGCUUUCCUACCUCCUCUGAUAUGGCUAAACAGUCUCAGAUUCCCCUUGCAGUUGUCAUCAAGCCGCUAGCUGUGGUUCCCCAAAAUGAGACGCCUGUUUAUCUUGUGAACCAUGGAGAGGCUGGGCCAAUCCGAUGUAACCGGUGCAAAGCUUAUAUGUGCCCAUUUAUGCAGUUCAUAGAAGGAGGAAGAAGAUAUCAUUGUGGAUUUUGUAGCUGUGUCAAUGAGGUGCCAACAUUUUACUUUCAACAUCUGGACCAUAUUGGCAGACGAGUUGACCAUUAUGAAAGACCAGAGCUAUCUCUCGGAUCUUAUGAAUAUGUUGCUACACUGGAUUAUUGCAGAAAAAACAAGACUCCAAAUCCACCAGCAUUCAUCUUCAUGAUAGAUGUUUCCUACAAUAAUAUAAAGAACGGUGUCGUUCGCUUAAUAUGCGAAGAGCUAAAAGUUCUGUUGGAGAAUCUUCCAAGAGAGGAGAAUUCAGAAUCAUCAGCAAUCAGGGUUGGAUUUGUCACAUAUAACAAGGUUCUACACUUUUACAAUGUCAACAGUAACCUGGCCCAGCCUCAGAUGAUGGUGGUUACAGACACAGCUGAGGUUUUUCUUCCUCUGUUGGAUGGAUUUCUAGUCAACUUUAAGGAAUCAAAAUCAGUGAUUAACAAUUUAUUGAGUCAGAUUCCCGAGAUGUUUGCUGAUACUAAUGAAAGUGAAACGGUCUUUGCUCCUGUUAUCCAGGCUGGCAUGGAGGCACUAAAGGCAUCGGAAUGUGCGGGCAAGCUUUUUAUCUUUCAGUCAUCGCUACCAACUGCAGAGGCACCUGGGAAGUUAAGGAACAGAGACGACAGGAAGUUAAUAAAUACUGAGAAAGAAAAGACUCUUUUCAUGCCCCAGAGUAAUCUUUAUGAAAACCUGGCCAAGGAAUGUGUGGCCAAUGGAUGCUGUAUCGAUCUUUUCCUUUUCCCAAACCAGCAUGUGGAUGUAGCCUCCAUGGGAACUGUGACAAUGCAAACAGGAGGCAGCCUUUACAAAUACAGUCAAUUUCAGGUGCACACAGAUGGUCAGCAAUUUAUAAGUGAUCUUAGGAAAGAUAUUGAAAAAAGAAUAGGAUUUGAUGCAAUCAUGAGAGUUCGCACAAGCACAGGUUUCAGGGCUACAGAUUUCUUUGGAGGAAUCUACAUGAGCAAUACUUCUGAUGUAGAAAUGGCUGGUGUGGAUUGUGACAAGACAGUCACUGUGGAGUUUAAGCAUGAUGAUAAACUUAAUGAGGACACUGGAGCAUUAAUUCAGUGCGCAUUACUGUACACAACCAUCAGUGGCCAAAGACGUCUUCUUAUCCAUAACAUCAGUCUCAGCUGUAGCUCUCAGAUGGCAGAUAUCUACAAGAGUUGUGAAACAGAUGUCCUCAUAAACUUCUUUGCUAAAUCAGCAUACAAAGCAAUUCUUCACCAUCCUCUGAAGACAGUUCGUGAUGUGCUGAUUAGUCAGACGGCACACAUGUUGGCAUGCUACAGAAAGACUUGUGCCAGUCCUUCAGCUGUCAGUCAGCUCAUCCUUCCAGACUCCAUGAAACUGCUCCCUGUAUAUAUGAACUGCUUGUUAAAAAAUGAGGUUCUGAUUGGCAGUCCUGAGGUUCCCACUGAUGAACGAGCAUUUCAAAGACAGCUGGUUAUGUGCAUGGACGUGGCAAGCUCGCAAUUGUUCUUCUACCCACAGCUUCUACCAAUACACACUAUUGAUUUAAAGAACGAUUCCAUCCCAACACCAGUACGCUGCUCUGAGGAACGUUUAUCUGAGGGUGGGAUAUUUUUGCUGGCCAAUGGUAUAAAUAUGUUCCUGUGGCUGGGCAUCAAUUCCCCUCCAGAGUUCAUCCAAGGGAUUUUUAAUGUGCCUUCCUUUGCACAUAUCACACCAGAAGCUACUUCCCUUCCAACAGUGGACAGUCCCCAUUCUAAAAAACUGAAGUCAAUCAUGGAAGCCAUUCAGAAGAAAUGCCAAUACUCUAUGAAGCUUAUCCUUGUGAAGCAGAAGGACAAGGCUGAGAUGGGCUUCCGGCAGAUGUUGGUAGAAGACAAAGGCCUUUUAGGGGGAGCUUCAUACAUGGAUUUCCUCUGUUGUGUGCACAAAGAGAUUCGUCAGCUUCUUACCUAACGGCUAUGCAGAACCUUCCACAAACCAAUACAGAGAACAUAAGAAAAUUCCUGCAAUACCAAAGCCUGAUCUGCACAUCGUAGUCUGGUUUAGUUUAUACAUGCUUUAAUUGAAUGAGAAAUAAGAGACUCAGGUAAACAUUAUACAAAUGAUUUUAGUUUGUAGAUGAACAGGAGACUCCAAUAUGAUCUUUUAUUUCAGCCAGAACCCAGAACUGGUUCACUGUGAAUAUUCUUUGUAAAAAAAAAAGGACACAGACUUUGCACAUGAAUAUUCCAUCCUAUCCAUCCAUAUGUCAUUGACCAUUUCUGUAUAGAGCAAAUAUGUAUUUUUUAGGUAUUGCAUACAAUUCACAAAUUCAAAGAAAUAAGUAAAAGGUGUGUCAUAUUUAUACA